UCUAAGAAAGAUGAGGUUCCACCCAAAAGGUCUGAGCCUAUUUUUCGAAAAUUGUAUGGUGUGGCAUUGGAUAUGAAAACAACUUUGAAGUUUAAGGCUAAAUACGGUGGAAUUGAUUAUAUUACCAUCCCUAGGGAAGAUAUUAUGGACUUGUGUAUGGGUACAAAAGAUUUAUGCUUCACUAUUUUACAAGUGUGGCUGACAUAUCUACACCACCAUUGUAUGGAGUUGGGAAAAAGUGAUGUGUAUGGAUUUCUUGAUCCAUAUCUCAUUCAUAGUGAAAAUGAUCAAGUUAGUGUUCAAACUUUUAUACAAAACAAGAUGCACCAAGAUCAGAAAGAUUGUUAUCUAGCUCCUUAUCUCAGCAAUCAUCACUGGCAAUUGAUCAUCAUCAAUCCUAAGAAGCAUGAAGUAGUCCUUCUAUGUUCUAUGGGAAAGACAAAGUCGUUAGAUAAAAGUAUCACUCGUAUGGUUGAAUUGUAA